GGGUGGCUGUUUUGCGCGCUCUCUCCGGGCCUGAUCAGCCGCCUCCCUUCGCCGGGAUCCGUCGGCCGCUUGGGCUGCCAGCCGUGGGAAGCCGGCGCAGCCCCUCCGCGGCCAUGCUCCGGCUAGGCCGGCCGUGCGCUCUGCACGCGCUCUGCCCCGGCGGGCUGCUGCAGGUCUGCAGCAGGAGCGCCGCCUCCGGGGAAGCGGUAACCAGCAGCCUCCCGAUCGGCCAGGUGCAGCCCAGCCCGGGAGUCGAGAAGCGGGCGCCGCGCAGGACGCACCGGAGGCUCCUGCGGGAAGCGCUGCUGCUUCUGCUGCUGCAGCCGCCAAGCCCCGGGCGCUUCGGGAUCCCGGCCGCCGGGGCUGAUCUGCGCCGCGGAAGAGAGGGCGACCCGUUGCUGCUGCUGCUGCUGACAUAUCCUCUGCCACAGGCAGAAGGGGAGGCGGGCGGCCCCCGCCAGCUGCUCUCCGAGAUCACGCUGCAUGCGGUCGGGGGCGGCGGAAGAGGCAGCGGCGGCCUCGGGUCCAGGAAGGAGACUAGUGAAACUGCAGGAAACGACCAUGCAGAUCCUAGCCAGGAGAAUGGAAAGAAACCUAACAAAUCCCAGCAGCUGAAGAAAGUUUUUAAGGAAUAUGGAGCUGUGGGAGUUGUAUUCCAUGUUGGGAUUUCUUUGAUGUCUCUAGGAAUGUUCUAUCUAGCCGUGUCAAGUGGAGUAGACAUGACUGCCAUCCUCUCCAAGUUGGGAUUUGAUGACGCUCUUGUGCAAUCCAAGUUGGCCGCUGGGACGAGUACUUUUGUUUUGGCCUACGCUAUCCACAAACUGUUUGCUCCAGUCCGCAUCAGCAUCACCUUAGUCUCUGUGCCAUUACUUGUGCGAUAUUUUCGGAAGAUAGGUUUCUUCAAACCUCCGACUCCAAAUCCAUGAUUAAAUCACUGGAGGAAAACAAGGCUGCCACCUCAGUUAAUAUAAAAUAUAAAAUGUUUUUAAAUUGCUGCACCCUGGUGGUGCCUGUGCAGAUUCCUGUAAUACCACCUUUGCAUUGUAUAUUCAUGGUGGAGGGAGGGCAAGUGUUUUUUCUUGAUAAACUACUUCACAAAUACUGA